GUGCGCGCACUAGAGCACAGCAUAGCAGCGUCAGCGCGAGCGCACAUCACUUCCUGUGCAUGCUGGGCGCUUUCAACUCCGACAGGACAACCGUCGGAGUCGUCGAAGUCUUAUAAAUAACCAGGAGUAACGGAAUAUCUGAGGGAAUAGUCCACCAAACUGUCCGAGAUUCCUCAGCGACGGCGAGUCGUGUGCCAUUACACUAGAGUUACGGUACGUCAAACACAGGUGCGCUGCGCAUCCAUUGAGAUGAACUGAAAAAAGCACAGAUCGCUUGAGGACUCUGACUCCUGUCAUUGGACCAGCUGGCGUUGGACAGGGUGUUGGACCCUCCCCCUGCACGAGGACAGAAUGAGACAAUAGCUGGGGGUGUUGGAUAUCAUCCCUCCCCCCCUCCUCUUUGUUUCCCCCUCCUACAUAUCCAAGAAGCAUAUCCAUACUCACUAUCUCACACCAACACACUACAAAACAAUACCUUGGACCUCUGUGGCUCCCACUCUUUACUUUGUAGUGACCAUGAGACUUUUAGAGGACUGUUGCUGUUGAGAACUUUCUGGGAAUAAAACCUGUUUCCUUUCAGCCAGUGGACACAUCCUUCCAGAUCCUAGGGCUUUGGUGGAGCUUGAUGGAAGCUCAGUAGAUCACUGAAUCAUGAAAACACCAGAGGACCACUGGGAGUUUCCAUUUGGAGUUGUAUAUUAAUAGGCUGAAAGACUGCCAGUGAGCAAAGCAAAUCUAAUUCAACCUGCAGCAGUCCUGAACGUCUGUUAGAAUAAAUGAUACCUCUCCUUAGCCCUUUCAUCCAUCAUAUCUGAAGUGCCUUGUGUUUCAUCGAACUGUUUACAUCUACUCCACAUAUCUGAUCCAUCUGCCAAUCCUUGAAACAAUUGAUUUGUUGACAUAUCCAGCCUUUCAUAUCUGUUUAACUUGUUUCUUCUCUUUGCAUGCAAGUAAAACUUUGUGGUAUCUGAGAUACGAGGAAUGAGACCAUCGUAGAGUCCAGUUCCUUAAACUUAUCCAACCUAAACACACCAAGACUGUUCAUCUGACUCUCAAACGUGGGGCACUGCUUCCACUGAACAGCUCUGUCACCAUGUACACGCUGCAGUCCAAAUGGCGCUACCUAAUCAUGUUCUUGGGCGUCCAGUUAGUGGUCAUGGCUCUUCUCUCUAGAGAGGGCUACCAGAAAAGAGUGUCAUAUUUUUUCCGGAUAUUCCGUAAGACGGAUUCUACGUCGGGACACACAAUUGGUGGACACAACCACACGGAUGUUUAUGCCAACCUCUCCCUUUUGGGCCAUGCUCUUCAUAAAGAUGACAUGCCCUACUGCCCCAAGCAGUCUCCUUUGAUUGGUGGACCAAUUCAUGUCACAUUCCCCUCUGGGCUUACGUUUGCCGAGGUGGAGAGGAAGAAUCCACUUGUUGUCCGUGGAGGGCGCUAUAGGCCGCCAAACUGUGAGGCUCGCCAUCGCACUGCAAUUAUCAUUCCCCACAGAAAUAGGGAGCAACACCUCAAGUUCCUCCUCUACUAUCUGCAUCCCUUCCUACAGCGUCAGCAGCUCAACUAUGGCAUCUAUAUCAUUCACCAGGCUGGUAAUUACACCUUUAACCGUGCAAAGCUGAUGAACGUGGGAUUUCGUGAAGCCAUGAGGGACGAGGACUGGGACUGCCUCUUCUUUCAUGAUGUGGACCUUAUUCCAGAGGAUGACCGCAACACCUAUGUCUGCGACACUCAUCCCAAGCACGCUGCCAUUGCCAUGGACAAAUUUGGCUACAAGUUGCCUUAUAAGAUGUAUUUUGGAGGAGUGUCGGCUCUGACCCCUGUUCAGUACCUCAAGAUGAAUGGUUUCCCAAACAAUUACUGGGGCUGGGGUGGUGAGGAUGAUGACAUCGGUGUCCGGGUCUCACUCGGAGGAAUGCUGAUCAGUCGUCCAUCUCUAAAAGUGGGCCGAUAUAAGAUGAUCAAACACAAGCAUGACAAAGGCAAUGAAGUGAAUCCCAAAAGGUUUAACAUGUUGGCUAAGACCCGGCAUACAUGGAAAGAAGAUGGCAUGAAUACGGUGGAGUAUGAGAUCGUAUCCCGGGAUUACCAGCCGCUUUACACCAACAUCACGGUCAACAUUGGCACUGAGGCAGGGCUGCACCCGACCAAAAAAAAGCCUGCUUCAUAGUUGACUCCCAGCAUUCUUGUGGAUCCCAGAGGCACAAUUCUUAAUGUCAGUGCCUCACUGCCUGCAGACCACUUCACCCACAUGCACAUGGCCAGUGAAUUCAAGGGACAUCAUGCCUUUACUGCACCACACACCUUCUGUUUCCUCUGUAACAGCUGUGCCAUCUAGUGGUCCCAUGAUUCUCUGUCCUUUCUCCCUCUCUUUUUCUCCAAAGUUAAACAUUCUGAUCCUGUGCUCACUGGUUCACUUUAUCAGUCAGGAUGCUGCAGAAACUUCAUCAGCUGGUCCACACACUGACCACUUUGCAGACUCCGUGACAGGCCACUCUUCUGGAAGGAUGUGCUUCCUGACAGACAGACUCUUCAUCUAUCCAUUUAAAAACCUAUGUUGCCUUAGAAUCAAGCUGCGCUCUCUCCUUACAUUUCUUUCAUGAUGACUGAAGCAUAGCUUCAGUCGCCUGUGUUUGAUGUGUCGCACUGGGAGAGGCAGAGUCUUAGGGAGGGGUAAAAUUCAUUUUUUUGCCACGUGAUGGAAACAGUGAAGCAGGCCGAUGUACUACAUAAGCAACAUUGUUUGCUGCACUACUCUGUGAGUUUGGUGCAUUUCCUGUUCGGUAAAUUAGUACUUUUGAUGUACUGUAUGUACUCGUAUUGUUAUACAGGCAGGUGGAUUGAUAUUUUAUAAAUCUUCCAGUUCAAGUAUUUCAGUCAGAACCGGCCAUUUUGGUAGUAAUAACCACUUUACAUAUACAGAUGUUCUCAUUUUUUCUUUUUUUUUUCUUUUUUAUUCCCGAAUUGUCUUUGGUUGUCUUAGUAAUAACGUUGGCUUUUAUAAUCAACGUGUUGCCUCUUAUUUCAAUGAAUCACUCCACACAUUGUAUUUUAUCUGCAUGAUUUUUCUGUUUGUUUAUUUUUUUAUGAUUGGCUGGUUAUGUGCGGUUUGCUUUGGAUUAGCAAUAGGCUUGUUGAAUGUAGCUACAUCUCCUUUUGGUGGAUGCCACGUUAGUGAACAGCGCAUCUUGUUGUGUCCAUUUGUUUGGCUUCGUGAGAAGUCUUUGUCCCAUAUUCCCAUUUUGAGUCCAACAUUUGUUUAUUCAAAAAGAAGAUUGCCUAAAAAUACACCUUGUUAACGGAAACCUUUUUAAAAGAACUUCAACCUCAUUAAAACACAAGCGUAAAUUGUUCGUAAAAACAUUUUUAAGUAAAUUGCCCUAUUGAAUUAAAUGCUCUAAGAACAUCUGUAAAAUAAUUUUUACAUACUUUGUUGCUUUGAUUCAAAUAUGCUAACGUUUGUGAAACCAUUUUUACAUGUUUGCUUUGAAUCAAAUGCGCUAACAUUUGUAAAACCAUUCUUAUGUAAAUUGUUGCAUGAAGUAUAAUUAAAUGCUAACAUUCGUAAAACCAUUUUUAGAUAAAAUUGUUGCGGUGGAUUGCGAUAAGAUUCGUAAAACCAUUUUUAGAUAAAUUGUUAAAUUUGAAUUGAAUGAUCCAAUAUUUGUGAAUUUGUUCUUGUGUAAAUUGGAAUUAAUGAAUCAAAUGUGCAAUCAGUUGUAAACCAUUAUUGUGUACGGUGCUGCAUUAAAUUAAAUGCGCUAAUGCUCACAAACCAUUCUUGCAUUGAAUGGGCUAACAUCCAUAAACAUUUUUAUGUAAGUUGUUGCUUUCAGUUGAACGUGCUAAUAUUUGUAAAACCAUUCUUUCAUAUAUUGCUGUAAUGAAUUGAAAUAAUUCUAAAUAGAAACUGCUGCAAUAAAUUAAUGCACUACGGUUCAUAAUCCGUUCUUAAGAAAAUUGUUGCAUCCAGUCAAAUGCGUUAAUAUUUGUAAAAUCAUUCUUGCAUAAUUGUGUGUGCUAAUAAUCAUAAAACAGUUCCAUUCAUUGCAACAAUUUACAUUGGAAUGGUUACGAACAAUUUUGCUUAUGGUUGGUGACUGACACAGAUGACAAAAGAAAUUGUUUUGGUAUGUUUCAGACAUGUCAUAUUUAAAAAUGCAAAACUUGUGAAUUUGGAGAAGUAUCAGUGCUGAAAUUUAGAUUGAAUCAAGGCCUCAACUGGGUAAUGUUAACCUUGUUUGCCAUGCCUGGUUCCUGUCUAACCUCUAAACGUCUUCUACAUAGUUCAGUCCCUUAGUGACUCUCUGACAGUCCACACCAGAUACGCGAAUGCUUCUGACAGAACUGUGCAUGUGUGGAUACACAUUUGUGAUACUAAGAGAAAUAGAUGAUACGUUGUUUUUCGAAUGCUGCUGUUCUCUGUGUGAAUGUGAAAGGUGCAGGUGUCACUCUCCUCUUUACUAGUUUGUAUGCUGUUGGGAGCUUGUGAUGGAUCAUUUAAAAAAAUGGUGUUGGGUCAUUGAAGGAAGUCAUCGGAUGUCAUUGAGGCAGAGAUACCAAAAAAUUCAUGAUUUUUUAAGCUAGCAUGUUUUAUUUUCUUUUUCCUUAACAGUAGUAGUCUUUUUUUUCUGAAUUAUGAAAGUUUAAUGUGGUCGUUAAUGGUCAGGUUAAUUAAAUCUGUCCAUUACACAAGUCUGUUGACUCAUAUUGAUUAUCACCUGAGUGUAAUGACUAAACACUUUUGAUUUGAGUUAUUUUAGGAUGUAAGGGGUGACUCGAGAUCUUUAUUCUUCACUUUGAGAAUUUAUAUUUGAUAAUUAUUCACAAUACCAUGAUAGAAGGUACUUAGAAAACUCUGUUGUUCAGCCAUGAAUGAUAUAGUUUGAUAUGUACAGAUGACAGUCUACACACUACUCAGGUGGGGUGAUGGAUCCGAUCUGUCUAAAUGUGCCUUAUCGGGCAAAUCUGGAGUUCUUCAGUGGGCAGUGCUCUGAACACAGGGCAUUUGUUUCUCUUUAAGAAGUCUGCACAAUACUCAGCGGCCUUAUGAUGAUUUAAUAAAAGAAAUGUUAAUGUA